AUGGGAAAGAUGCGCUUUAUUCAAAGAUAUUGCUACGCGAUAUUCGAUUCAGAAUCAAGUGUACUUAAGCUGCUGUCUGCGUGUCGAGGUAAAGAAAAAGGACUCUACAUUGACUUUGCUGAUCUUUACUCGAAGAGACUCCGAGGAACAUUCAGCAAGCGUAUAACGAAUUCAUCGGACCUUCCAAGCAAACUGUCAACUUCAAUCGGCAUUGCUUACGAUAAUCUCUCUUGGCUGCAAAAAGAUCAGCUAACUUUGGCAUCUUUCUUCAUGAAUCGAUAUGUCUCUAGCCUAGGACCUAUCCAAGUAAUACCCUGGGAUAGACGGGAUUCAGAGUAUUCCCGAACGCAACAUACAGACAUUGAUCCAACUGGAAUGAGAAGCAACAAGGGACGAAUUUUUACUAAAUCCUCCAUUUUCUGCCACGAUAAUAACAACAAUAACAAGUGA